CCUUGAGGUAGCAAACCGGAGUGUCUAAACGACCAAGUUUCUUUGCGCGAGCGACUUGGAUCACCGGCCCUAGCCACGUGGAGCCACGUGAAGCCACGUGAAGCCAUGGCUGCCAUUGGUCCUUUGGAGCCCAUGCCGAGUGUUCAGAGAGUGCAGCGAGUGCAGCUGCGCGAUGCCUGGCGCCGUCCGCCAGAGCCGAGUCGUCCAAGUCGUCUAAGUCGUCCAAGUCGUCCAAGUCGUUCCUGGCAGCGCAGCGGGGGCAACGGGGGCAACAGGGACAACGGGCAGCGUUGGGAAACUGAGGCUAUCGGAGUUGUGAUGGCUGGGAUUGUGGCACAGUGUCCCAAGUGUUCCAAGAGGAGAGACUGGGCCACGAGUUCGAGCCUUUUUGCAGCGCUCAAGAAAACUGAGCUGACUGAAACUGCACCUGGGCCGUCGCGUCCUUUAGGUCCUCCCCAAAACUCUUCCAUGAAUUCAGGAACUAGUUCCAACACACAGGGGAUGACAGAGGACUCCGAGGAAAUGAAACGGUGGAAAGAGUGGCUGCAUGACAAGGCUGAGAAAGCAGCUGAGAAAGCAGCUGAGAAAGCCCGCGCGGCUCGCAAACAUGCGUCAGUGCUUGCGACAAAGCUGCGAAAGGCUUCAAAACGUGUCAGAGGUAUCAAGCCAGGAAAACUGGCUCAAUCUGCCUGGUGGUCAGUGAGAGACUCCUGGUCUCGUACCAGACCAAGGCAGCGGAUUUUGUCCGUUGCCCUUGCCUUUCUUUUGCUGAUGACUCUUUGGCCCUCACAUCCUGUGAACCAAAGCUCUGACCUGCCGAGUGAACAAAGCAUCGUGCGUCUCUCGCCGGAUGAGGAGGCCCGUCUACAGAUGCUGAGUCAAACCACUCCUGGUGUGGUCUACGUGACGGGCAAACCAGCCCCGUGGAUCUCGGAGACGGAGAACCAAGGUGAAUUUGUCCCUGGUGGCAGUGCUUGGGUCUUUGAUAGUCAUCAUGUAGUGACCAGCCUGAAAAACAUUGAACAGGCAAGGCGGGGCUCAUUGAAGGUGAUUCUCGAAGACCGUACAGAGUUGCCUGCCCGAGUCAUCGGAGUGGACACUGGCAGUGAUCUUGCCGUUUUGGAGUUGCCAAAGACAGCAACUGCAGGACAGUCCUUGCCGGUUUUGCCUCUGGGACCUUCUGCCAGCUUGAGACUUGGUCAAGAUGUGGUCCUUGUUGGCCGCGAAGCAACGUUAGACAUGAGGAUCUCCAAAGGAGUGGUGUAUGGAUUGGGCCAGCCACUGGCUUUGGUGGAUGCAGAUGGUCAUCGUGAUCUUCCUGUUCAAAGUUGUAUUCAAACAGAUGUUUUGAUGAAUUCCGGCAACCGCGGAGGGCCACUUCUGAAUAGCCGGGGGCAAGUGGUUGGUAUGGCUGUUGGAGCUGAUGCCGGGGCCCAGGUGGGCCAGGCCAUCCCUUCUGACAGCCUCCAGAAGCAUGUUCUAAGCAUCAUCGCCAGCGGCCACGUCACGAGGCCGUCCUUGGGGAUGUAUUUGGCACCCGACGGAUUUGCUGAGAAGCUGGGGGUCACCGGUGGAGGAGUCGUGGUGCAGGAAGUGAUUCCGGGCUCCGCUGCGAAGCAAGCAGGUCUCAGGACAGGUGACAUCAUUAUAUCCCAGGGCGACAACCCCAUCCAUCGCAUGGAUGACCUGAUGACAGUGCUCGAACCCUUCAGUCCAGGAGAUUACUUUUCCCUGACUGUCUUGAGGCAAACAUCAGGAGAGAGUAUAUUUGCUCCUUUCUCCUCGCAGACAUAUUCACAAGUAGACCUCACAGUGCGAUCAGAAUCCGAGCUACCUUGAGACAUAAAUUAGAUUGAAAUAGAAUGUAUCACAAUUGACUCAUUGACCAUGCAAGCUUGCAGCAAAAA